AUGUCCAUAUACCCCUCAGCAAAAUGGGGUAGCAGAGCACAAAAAUCAUCAUUUGUUAGAAGUGGUUCGAGCUUCAUUGGAGAAGCAGUGUGUUCUGCUGCGUAUCUUAUUAAUUGGGUUCCCUCUAAUGUCUUGAACUUCCAAACACCAUUACAAGCCCUUCAUCAGUUUUGUGCUCUUCAUUCCACUCCCAAUUUGGAGCCACGAGUCUUUGGAUGUGUAACUUUCGUUCACCUUUAUACACAUCAGCGCAACAAGUUGGAGCCUCGAGCACUCAAGUGCGUGUUUAUUGGCUAUGCCCAACAUCAAAAAGUUCAGGCACAUGCAAGUCCAGAUACUAUUGAUGAUCAGUUCGACCUAGAAGGAUUCGUUACUUUGGAGUCGUUAUGUCAUCCAACAGUUCAUGAUGCACUAAUCGACUCGUCAGAUGCCACUCCAGAAACUACGCACAAAAGUCUUGAUGACCGGUCAUGGUUGGUCUCCUCCCCCAUAACCCAGUCACCCGACGAUCCAUCUAAUGAGAUACAUCUACAACCAUACCAAUUACCCGUUCGUAAGAAUCGUGGUAUCCCGAAGAUUCAAUAUGAAGCGGAUCCCAAAGCUAAAGUGAAGUACCCAAUUAGCAACCAUGUUUCCACUCAUAGAUUGUCCACACCACAUUCCAUGUUGAUCAAACAACUAGAUUCUUUGUCUACGCCAAGCAGUGUAGAAGAGGCUUUGAUGGAUCCAAACUGGAAACAAGCGAUGAAUGAUGAGAUGCAAGCUCUUCAAAAGGAAUUCCACAUGGGAACUUGUUCCUCUCCCAAGUGGCAAACGAACUAUGGGUUAGCUCGAUUGGUGGCAAAAGGAUAUACUCAGAGAUAUGGAGUGGAUUAUCAGGAGACGUUUGCUCCAAUAGCAAAAAUCAAUACUGUACGAAUCCUGAUAUCACUUGCUGCAAACUUGGAUUGGCCAUUACACCAAUUCGAUGUCAAAAAUGCCUUUUUACAUGGUGAUUUAGAAGAAGAAGUUUAUAUGGAUCCUCCACCUGGAUGUAACUUGAGUUCCAAAUCGAAACACUAUGUGUGCAAAUUAAAGAAGUCUUUGUAUGGUUUGAAGCAGUCACCUAGAGCAUGGUUUGGGCGGUUGACAAAGUCUAUGAGGGCAUCUGGAUAUAAACAAAGUGAUGAUCCUGACGAAAGAAAAGCACUGCAAGAGUACUUAUCUAAGGAGUUUGAGAUGAAAGAUCUUGGUACACUUAAGUAUUUUCUUGGGAUAGAAGUAUCUAGAUCACAGCAAGGUAUCUUCUUGUCUCAACGAAAAUAUGUUAUGGAUUUAUUAAAUGAAACAGGGAUGCUAGGGUGUAAACUAGUUAAUAAGCCUAUGGAGGAAAAUCACAAGCUUGGUGAGUGUACUGAUCAUAAACCAACUAACAAGGAGCAAUACCAGCGCCUAGUUGAGAGGUUAAUUUAUUUGUCACAUACGAGACCGGACAUUGCAUAUGCUGUGAGUGUUGUAAGCCAAUUUAUGCACUCUCCAAGUGAAGUUCAUAGAGAUGCAGUGAAUCGCAUCUUGAGAUAUUUGAAAUCAACUCAUGGUAAAGGGUUAAUGUAUUCAAAGCAAGGACAUCUGGAUGUAAUUGGGUAUACAAAUGCGGAUUGGGCUGAGUCCCAAACAGACAGGCGAUCCACUUCAGGUUACUUUACUUUUGUAGGAGGUAACCUUGUUACUUGGCGUAGUAAGAAACAAAAUGUUGUUGCAAGAUCAAGUGCGGAGGCAGAAUAUAGAGGUAUGGCACAUGGUGUUUGUGAGUUGUUAUGGAUUAGGCAUGUUCUAACGGAGUUAGUGGAUAGGCAUUUCAUCAAAGAAAGAUUAGAAGACAAGACGCUUCAGUUCCCGUUUGUAAAGUCAGAAGAUCAGUUGGCAGAUAUAUUGACGAAAGCAGUUUCAAGCCGAGUAUUUCAGGACACGCUGAGCAAGUGGACCUUGGUGACAUUUAUGCUCCAACUUGAGGGGGAGUGUUGGCGUGUGCGUGAGUUCAGGAAAGUGAUUUCCUAA